UCAGCUCACAUCGAUCACCUUCUUCUCCUGCCGUAGCCACCAUCGGCCGUAACCAUGCCGCCAUCGCCGCACUCUCCUCAACGCAACGGCAACCACGCGCCGGCGCAUUCCGGCGAGACCUUCGCCAAGUUCUUCGAGUGCUGGAUCUCCGAGCAGUCCCGCGACCUCGCCGCGCUCCGCUCCGCCGCGUCCGCGAGCCCCGCGCCGCCCGACGUCGACCUCCGCGGCCUCGUCGACCGGGUCCUCGGCCACUACGAGUACUACUACCGGACCAAGUCCGCCGCCGCCUCCAACGACGUGCUCUGCAUGUUCUCCCCGUCGUGGACCUCCACCACGGAGAAUCUCUACCUCUGGUGCGGCGGAUGGCGCCCCACCGCCGCGCUCCACCUUCUCUACUCCAAGUCCGGUGCGCAGCUCGAGGCCCAGCUCCCGAUGUUCCUCACCGGCGGUAGCCUCGGGACCAACGACCUCGGCGACCUCUCCGCCGAGCAGCUCCAGGCCGCCGAUCAGCUGCAGCGCAGCACCGUCAGGAAGGAGCGGGAGAUCGAGAACGCUGUCGCGAGCGCACAGGAGUCGUUGGCGACGGUGAAGAUGGUGGCGCUCGCCGGAGGCGGCGGGAUGGACGUGGAGGCGAUGGAGACGGAGAUGAAGAGCAAGGCUGAAGGGAUGAAGCGCGUGCUGGAGAUGGCGGACGGCCUGAGGCUGGAGACGAUGCGGGAGGUGGUGGCGCUGCUCCGGCCGUCGCAGGCCGUGCACUUCCUCAUCGCCGCCGCCGAGCUCCACCUCGCCGUGCACGAGUUCGGCAGGCGCAGGGACGGGGGCGGGAACGGCCCCGCAUCGCCGCCGCCAGCGUGACGCGUGCGCGCGAGAUCGCGUCGUGCGGCGGCGAUUCCAAGCGGCGCAUGGCGCGCCAUGAUGCGUAGGCUUGGCUCGUCGUCUAGCUGGUUCUUCGCCUGCUCUGGUCAACACAAGUUGUUGCGAUAAGCUUUGACCAAUAUUUAUUUAUGUAGUAUUACUUGCUAGUACUGUUUUUCUUUUUUUUUUCGCUAGAAUACCAGUAGUAUUUUUGUGCGUCUUACUUGUGAUGAUGGAAUUUUUCUAUUGUGCCAUGAGUCU